AUGGGUCACGUCCUUUGCCUCCUCUGUGUCAUCCUCUCUCUGCAAUGCCUGCUAGCCCACCAACCUUAUCAAGGAGAACUCUCUCCGAACAAUUCUUCUUCAAACAAUGGCUACACUUGCAUUGACUCAAAGCCUUCCUGCGAUUCGUACCAAAUUUUCAGGUCCCGAAAACCCCAUGACUCAGUCGAAGCCAUUUCUGAGCUUUUCGAGUCUGAUCCCUCUGAAUUGGCUCGUAUCAAUUCAGUUUCUCUCUCUGCCAUCUUUCAAGAUGGAAAAGAGGUGUUCAUCCCUGUGAAUUGCCAUUGUUCAGAUACCUAUUACGAGAUCAAGCCUAAAAAGUUACCUAAUGGUUCAGAGAGUAAGGUUCCUCUGAAAUGUGCUUGUCCAAGCAAUAAGCAAAUUGAGAACGAUGUGAAGUAUCUGUUGAGCUAUCUAGUGAUUCAGGGUGACAGUAUUUCGAGUGUUAGCUUGAAAUUUAGUGUUAGCCCAGAGACUAUUCUUGAUGCCAAUGAGCUCUCUAAAGAAAACUCUGAUAUCUACCCUCUCACUACACUCUUGAUUCCUUUAGAGGAUGAGCCAUUCUUUAAUGGAAUCAUAUCCCCUCCACGUACUCUCUCUCCUCCUCCUUCCACAACCAAAAUCUCAAGAAUUGGGCUCUAUGUGGGGCUUGGAAUAGGAGUUGGGAUUCCUCUCCUUAUUCUUUGCUGUGUGUUUCUCCAUUUCUUUUGCUUCUAUAAUAGAACGAAAAGAUCAGGUCAGGUUAUUGAUGACGAGAAUCCAUCAAAGCCUGUGAUCUCAAAGAAGAAGAAACUCACCGAAUUUUUCGAUGAUCUUGGUACCAAUAAUGGCUUAAAAGUGUACAGGUACCAAGAUUUUCAUGCUGCGACAAACGGGUUCUCAUCUGAGUUCAGAAUCAAGGGGUCCUUGUAUUUUGGCAAUGUAAAUGGUAUCGUUUUGGCCAUUAAAAAGGUGAAUAGAUGUGAUUUAAAGGAAACCAUCAAGACAGAAAAGAUAAACCAUCUCAAUGUUGUCAGGCUCUUAGGCCUCUGUUUCAACCAAGACAGCUACUACCUUGUCUAUGAGUUAAUGGAGAAUGGGUCUUUAAGUGAUUGGAUCCAUGAACCAAAUAGGUCAAAGACUUUAAAAUGGAUGAAAAGGGUGCAAAUUGCUUUGGAUGUGGCUAAUGGGCUUCAGUAUUUCCACAAUCAUGCAAGAAUUCCUUAUUCUCAUGGUAAUGUCAACAGCAGUAGUAUACUUUUAGAUACAAAUUUCAGGGCUAAGAUCACAGAUUGUAGGCUGGCAGGAUCCAAAAAGGCGAGAAAUGCCAUUGAUGGAAGAGGAUAUACGGCACCUGAGCAUUUGCAGAAUGGGCUGGUGACUCCACAGAUGGAUGUUUAUGCUUUUGGAGUAGUACUACUGGAGUUGAUCACAGGGAGAGAGUCAAUUGUGCAGCAUCAAGAAGGAGAAGUGCUCUUAUCAGAGGUUAUAAUCCAAUUAAUAGAGCACGAUAAUGCCAAAGAGGAGCUUAAAGGAUGGAUGGACCCUGUGAUGGAUGGGAAUUAUCCAUUGGAUAUGGCUUUCGACAUGGCUCAAUUGAUUGCUGAUUGUUUGAGGCAAGACCCAGAAAGACGUCCAAGCAUGAAUGGGGUUUUCCAGUGUCUUUCCAAAAUCUAUGCGGCUUCAUGGUUAUUGUCUAAUAAUUCAUCUGGAAGCAUGAGACACAAAUAA